AACUGUUCGGAUAUGGCUGAAAAGAGACACUGGACAAUAUUGGCCAAGUGUGUGCCAUUCGAUGCCUUCUGCUGCUACAGCAAUGGACUAUAAUGGGGAGACAAGGCGCUUGUUUGUUGGUCUGGAUAAUGGUACAAUAUCUGAAUUCAUAGUUUCUGAUGAUUACAACAGAAUGACACAUGAAAGAGAUUAUUUAGCUCAUCUAGGAAGGGUGACUGCCAUUAUUUUCUCAUUGAACUGUGAAUGGGUUUUAAGCUGUGGGCGUGACAGAUAUUUCCAGUGGCACUGUUCUGAAACUGGUCGACGAUUAGGGGGUUAUCAGGCCACAUCAUGGUGCCUCUGUCUACAAUUUGAUGAACAAUCCAAAUAUGCCUUUGUAGGAGAUUACUCUGGUCACAUAUCAGUGUUGAAAGUAAAGAACAAUUGUUUUGAUCUGAUUACCACUUUUAAAGGCCACUCUGGUAGUGUACGUAGCUUGAGUUGGGAUCCUAGUCGAAGUUUGUUAUUUUCGGGAAGUUUUGACCAAUCAAUUAUUGUGUGGGACAUUGGAGGCAGGAGAGGAACAGCCUUUGAAUUGCAAGGACAUCAUGAUAAAGUUCAGUGUUUGAUUUACUCCCCAAUUUCUAAUCAGUGUUUGUCUGGAGGUGAUGACUGCAUGGUUGCAUUUUGGAAUAUGGAUGGGAAACGAGUAGAAACUCCUGACUGGGCUGAAAGUGAUAUUUGCCAGAAGUGUGACGCCCCAUUCUUCUGGAAUGUCCAAAAAAUGUGGGAGCAAAAAGUGAUUGGGAACAGACAGCAUCACUGUCGUAAGUGUGGGCGGGCUGUCUGUGGAAAAUGCAGUGACAAUAGGUGCACCAUCCCCCCACUUGGCUAUGAAUAUGCAGUCCGUGUUUGUGAUCAGUGUUUUUCUGGAAUAACAGAAGAAGAGCGAGCACCUCUUGCUACAUUUCAUGAUGCCAAACACAGCAUUGUGCAUAUGCACCUGGAUGCCACUCGUAAACGACUCCUUACAGUUGGAAAGGACAGAGUCAUCAAGAUGUGGGAUGUAAGCAGUGUACUUCAUUGA